CCGCUCAGAUUCUCUGCCUCCCUCUCCGUCUCGCAGCUACUGCCGGCGACGCACCAACAAGCCGCCACUCCGCCUCCGACGCAGCCCCUCCUCCUUGCUGAAAUUUGCCUUCCCUUUCAACGAAUGUAUGAUUAGGGAAACCCCACAACCCUUUCAAGUGUAGGUAAACCCCGCUGGCAAAGGACCACAAGGAAGUAAACCGGCCUAGGUUACCCAUAGCUGACCGACUCAAACCAAGAGGGCAAGGAGUCAAACUCGUGGACUUGUGGUUACAAGGAUUGAAGGUUCUGAAUCGAUGAUUAUGUGAACAGGGAUUUAGGUUCUUUAAGGAAAUCUGAAAUCUAAUGGACUUCUCGGAGGAUUGGAAGUCCCUGUGGCCCAUAUCCUCUAUUUUCUCUCCUCCACUCCUCCUCCCCAACGAAGGAUCUUCCUCUUCCAAGCGGCGUCAUGUUGAGAAGAACCCUAUCGGACCUCUGAUUUUUAACCCAUGCCAGGAAACACUAACCCAACUCCUAAACUCCCCCUCUCUCGCCCCUCGACUCCCUCCUCCAUAUCCAGACCUUACCCUUCCGAGAUUUAUCUUAACUUCAAGCACAACCAACCAGUCUAUUGCCUCUACCAUUGCAUCAAACAUGGGGCCCCAGGUUUCUGACACCAUCCACAACUUCAAUGCUCUUCAAUUGCUUCGUUGCCCAAAAAUAAAAGCUAACGACAAUAACAUGCAUAAUACAGUUCUUGCUUUUUUCCCCACUGGAGAUAAUUAUGACCAGCUUGGGUUUACUAUGCUCAAUUUGAAUGAUUCUAAAUUGAAUGUCAAGAAAUUCAAGGAUGGGAAAGAUUUCGUUGUGCAUAGUCGCAAGUUGAAUCAUCGGAUUUUGAGAUUAUUGGUAAACCCUGUUACUGAUUUUGAUUGCUUUUAUUCUUCUUCCGGUAAUUAUUGUUAUUCAACUUUGAGUUAUACUUGUAUUGGGUAUAUCAUGGUUUGUACCAUGUAUUCUGUGCAUUGGUACAGUGUGAAGAUGCCUAAAGAGGUGGGAAGUAUAGUAUUAGAUUAUGCAGGCUAUGCUGGUGCUAAGCUGUUCCAGGGUUCUGCAGUUGUUCAUGCCUGUUGGAGUCCACAUUUGCAUGAAGAGUGUGUGGUGUUGCUGGAGAGUGGUAAACUAUUCUUGUUUGAUGUGAGUUAUUGGUUGAAAAAUGAGAGAUUGUUAAACAUAGAAGGAAAGAAAUUGAGUGUUUCCUUUGAUAAUUUGAAUGAAAAUGAGAGGUGGUUGAGUUGUGAAUUUAGUUGGCACCCAAGAGUUUUGGUUGUUGCUCAUUCUAGUACUGUUUUCCUUGUUGAUUUGAGGUUUGACAAGUGUGAAGUUUGCACUUUACUGAAGAUUGAGUUGUUUUCUGUGGGGAAAUUUGAUAGAUUUGUUGCCCUAUCUAGGUCAGAUUCCAGUGGGUUCUGUUUUGCUGCUGCUUCAAAUAAUUUGCUGCUACUUUGUGAUGUGAGAAAACCAUCCAUGCCAGUGUUGCAAUGGACCCAUAGUCUCCAAAAUCCAGAAUAUGUUACUGUUUUCCAAUUGUCUGAGUUAAGACCAAUCACAGAAGAUGAUAAUUUCAAGUGGGCAUCUGAAUCAGGCCACUGUAUUUUAUUGGGUUCAUUUUGGAAUUGUGGAUUUGUUCUUUUUUGCUAUGGACCAGAUAAUGAGAGAGGACCUGUUCUUUCUGAGAUUUCUACAGUCUGCAACUCACUCUAUUCGUGGGGACUCCCUUCAGAACUUUCUUUGUCUGGUCGUGAUUGUUUUUGCGGAAGUUGUCUCAUAAGAAGAGAUUGCCUGAAGGAUCUUCUUCCCGAUUGGAUUGAUUGGAAACAGAAGAAAGACAUUAUUUUGGGGUUUGGCAUUCUUGAAAAUGAUCUGCAUGUUCAAUGGGAUAAUUGUGAAAAAUCUGUUGGGUUUUCGCUUAUUAGGUUAAUGUCCUCUGGCAAACUAGAAGCACAAAGAUACUCUGCAGCAUGGGAAUUUGAUAAAAUUUUAGAAGCAGCUCACAAGGAGUCAACUUUUAGCAUUGAGGACAAUUUUUUGUAUGACAUAGGCAAUGGUGAGAAUAAGUUGCAAAAGAAACAUGAAUAUCUGAAAAUUGAGUUUCUCAAAGAGUAUUUGAAUGGUAAUGUUGCUAAAAUUGUCAGCAGGAGACAAAUAGAGCUUCAGAACUAUGCAGAGGAAAAUCAGUCAAAGUUCCAUCAAGAAAUAUGUGAGAAGUUGAAGAUUUGCGGCAUCACUGCGUUGAGAUCACCCCAAAUUAUUUCUGAUAUGCUCAAAGAUGCCAGAUUUCCUACUAGCAUUCAUGAGAUUUCUUUGAAAAGCAUUUGGGGCAGUUUGCCUAUGAAUCUCCUGGCGUUGGCUUUCUCUGCCUGUAAACUCUCUGAUCCUCACCUGAAGCAGAAGAGAGCUACUUCUAAUGUGGGUGAUAUUCUUGUUAAAAACCCAUUGCCUUUCCCCUUUGGGAAUACAUCAUCUUGCUCUGACAAGACAUCUGAAAAAGUGCAGCUUUCCAAUGCCCUUGUCAGUCCAGUUCUUCCUACUCAUAUUCUGAUUCUACUUCGUGACCAGCAAUUGGUUGAAAGGGAUAUUUUACCAGUUGAUGAUGAACUCCGACUCAAUUGUGAUAAAGUAAUGGAAGCAGUACAUGCAUUGCAAUCUUCUUCGCCCUACGGUGACAAUCCAGUUUCCCUUGCUGAUGAUACCGAUAGCAUGCCAAAUGCGGCUGAAAAACUGAAUGUUUUGGGUAUACACAGACCUACAUUUUCUUCUCCAGAUGUGGCACUAGAAAAAUCUGAAUAUAAGAUGUAUGAGACCUUUGUUUAUCAAAAACGUCAAGAGCCUAUCUCUGAUGCACAGGACAAGGUGACAGCAGUGGAGCUGUUUGAUGAGGGAUGCCCAUUACAGUUGAAGUUUGAUGGUUGUGAUUUUGACUUGACACCAACGGAGCUGGAUUUGUUUCAGCAGUUGAAGACGCAAGACUUAAAUUUUCAUAAAAGUUUUCAACCAUAUCAAGAAUAUUUAAUCAACUCAGAGAGAUUUCUCUAAUUUGUUUUGAUCUUUUUCUUUAGAUUCCCUUUUGGAGGGAGUUGUACAGCAAUUUUCUUAGAUUGUAACAUGUAAUUAACCACUUCACUUGAGCUAUGAUAGAAGUUCUCUACUGUCAA